AUGUCAUUCACUGGUCGAGGACCAUCACCUUCACCAUACAAUCCAACUACUUCAUCACCUUCGCCAUUCAAUCCUACUUCUUCCUCAUCUUCAUCGCCUCGAGGUAGACCAUCUUCACCUAGGGGUAGAACAUCCUCACCACGUCCACCGCCGAGCUAUGCUCGUUCAUCUUUGGAUAGAUCGCCUUCAUUGAAUCCGUUGGGUUUCGAUGAGAGACCAAGAGUACCUCCUCCUAUAUAUUUGAGAAGUUCAAGUCCUGGUAGUAAUGGUAAAGGCUCUUUGAAGAUCCACGUUCCAGCUUGGGGUGUAUCCCUGGUUCGUCCAUCUAGAAUACUACAACUUCCUCCUUUAGAAGAUGGGUCGAUAGCAAGAGAACCUCCGGGUGAAGAUACAGUCUUAUCAGGAUCAUUGGAAGUUAACAUGAAAGAACGUAAAAAAGUAAAAGCCAUUUCAGUAGGUGUACAAUCUGUAUGUAGGUUACAUAUGGGUGUAGGAAGAACUUGGGAGGAAGAUGGAAUAUUCGAAAGAGGCGUUGAAAUAUUAGGUUCUUCAAAUGGUAAUGGUAAUGAUACUGGUGAAGAAGGUAUUUGGUUAGAGAAAGGCACGCAAUCCUUCUCAUUCACCAUCAUCUUACCUGCAACUCUGGCCACAACGGAUCAUCACAAUUUCGGAAGAGUAUCAUAUAUCUUAACGGCAAGAGUAGAAGGUAUCACUUCUUCUUCUUCAUUCUCAUCCAUAUUCAAAGCGUCACCGUCACCUUCAUUAGAUCCUUCUAUACCCAAUGUGGGUGAUUUCGAAAGAGUGAUAGCUAGAUCAGAUAGACUCGCUUCAGCGUCAGCUUCACAGAUGUCAUCUCCAUCAGGAGGAAUCAGUGGAAAACAUGGAGCGAGUAAAGAUGAUUUACUUGGAACGCAAGGAUCAUCAUUGGAAGAUACAUUAGAAGGUAGCGCGAUUUCAAUUGGAGGUGAAGGUUCACCUUCAGUUCAAGGAUUAUAUACUAGAAGACAAUCAAAUGAUCAAGGUCCAAACUCACUUCCAGGUCCGAUACCACCUUUGUCUCUUUCACCAGGACAAAUGCAAAGACCUUCACAAAGAAAAUCAUCAUUCUCAUCGACGACUGAUCCCACGGCAACGACAACGACAGGCUCAAACUCGAACGCAAAUUGGAUGAAAGGCGAUUUAUGCGCUUCAAGAGCUUUGAUAGUUCAUGCAAACCCUUCGAGAAGUGGUGGUCCGACUCAAUUGGAUAUAAGAAAAGAAGGUUUCGUAGAUGGCUUAGGUACAUGGAGGUUUAGUGCCAACGCGGAUGUGUUUUCCAUCUCAGCAGUCAUGUUAAUCUCAAUCAAUAUUCCAGCACCUUCACCGACCGUCACCAUAUUUUUAGUCCGUGUCGUACUCUCACAAUCGUAUACUAUUAUAUCACCUAGAACACCAAAUAAUACACCUCAUAUGCCAGAAGCACCCAAACAGCAAGUGAUAUAUCAAGUGGGUAGACCCCAUAGACCGGGGGAAAGGUAUCCAGCGAGAAAUGUUGAAUCCCUUUGGAGAGGGAAAGAAGUUCCAGGAAAUGGGAAAAAGAACGUAUCCCCUGAAAUAAGUGGAUACGAAGGAUGGAAAAUCAGAGCUGUGGCUAGAUUACCUGGUCAUGACAAUAUCAGACCUACUACAAACCAUGGGACCAUCACUCCAAUAAGAGUGAAACAUGAAUUGACAUUACAAGUGUUCUAUUCACUCGAUGGAAGAUGCGUUCGUGAUGAUCCCAUAGAGGGUCCAGGUGAAUUACGAAUGAUGUCUGUCAGAAUGCCUAUUGCAGUACCUUCCUGUUGUCUUACUGUGAGCGCUUUGGUGUUACCAACUUACGAUUCCUCCGACCAAGCCAUUUCACCUGGAGAUAUCGAUUGCAUCCUAUCAUGUCCAGAUGAAGCCAAACAAUGCAUGUGUGGAUCUACGUUUGCCGAACUAGGAGCAGCAGCUAUGAGAAGAAUGCAAAACGUCGAGCAGGAUGAAUUGGAAGAAAGAGUGAGGGAAAGAGCUAAUGAAGGUGGAAAUAAAGAAGAUGAAGCUAGAAGAGAUAGUAUGAGCGGAAAUCGAGCAGGUCCUUCAGGUAGUCAGUAA